AUGCCUGCUAGUAUCCUAAAUCCUGUAAAGCACAGUUUAAUUGUUUUAAUUCAGUUAAAUCCGAAUAUUAUGAACUGCUGCAGCGGAAUCAUGAAGAAAAUGGCUGACUUUGUGCAGCACUUCAUUCCGCUGCAGAUGCCGAAAGCCCCAGGGCCCUCGCUGCGCAGCAACCAGCAACUCCGGGGGUGCCAAGCCGGGCCGAUUGUGCAGCAGCAGCGCAGCAGAGAGCCUGCAGCAGCAGCAGCAGCAGCAAUAGCAGCAGCAGCAAACAAAAAGAAACGCAGCAAGCUCGGGAGCUGCACGCUGCUGCUGCUGCUGCUCCUUCCUGGGUACGCUGAUGCAGAGCCAGGGGCAGCAGCGGUGAGCUGCGCUCACACAAGUGCAGCACAAAUUGCACCCAGCAGCAGCAACAGCAGCAGCAGCAGCAGCAGCAACAGCAGCAGCAGAAACCCCAGUCCCAAAGUGUGGCUAGUCAGCCAUUACCGCAGCAGCAGCCACAGAGCAGCAGCAGCAGCAGGAUACAGAAGCAGCAGCAGCAGCAGAAGCUGCAGCAGCAAAAGAAGUACCAGCAGCUAG